AUGGCUUUGUUAUUAUCAUUCUCAACUGUUGGUGGAUUUGCAGUUAAAGCAAUACAAAAAUAUAAACCACCAAAGACUACACCAUUAAUAAUUGGUAUAGGAAUAGCAGCCGUAGCAACUGCUGGUAGAUUUGCUGUUAAAGCAAUACAAAAAUAUAAACCACCAAAUGUUGGAAGUGGUGGAUCAAUAAUAUCAUCAUCAAAAUUUUAUAAAGGCGGAUUUGAUCCAAAAAUGAAUAAAAGAGAAGCUGCUUUGAUAUUAGGUUUGAGAGAAAGUGGUCUUGAUAAAAUAAAGAUUAAAGAAGCACAUCGGCGAAUUAUGUUACUGAAUCAUCCCGAUCGUGGUGGAUCUCCAUAUCUAGCAAGCAAAAUAAACGAAGCUAAAGAUUUACUAGAGAAAAAUGUUAGAUCAUGA